GCAUAAACUGGGUGUAUCCUAAUGGUCAGUCCAUUAUGGGGCCCCUACUUGGCAUGCUGCAAAGCACUUUGCAACAUUCUCAAUUUUGUAUUUGGGAUUGAGAGGAAUUUGCAUUCUCUAAAUGCAAAGUAAAUAAUUGCCUUGAAAAAUGGUAAGUCUGGGUUGAAGUUACAUUCAAAUUAUAUAUCAAUUUGAGAAGAAUUGUGACGUUAAAUGUUAAGCUUUCCCUUCCAUGAAUAUAGUAUACAUUUCCUUUUAAUCAUGUCUUCUUUAAUGUCCUUCAACAAAUUUUAAGUUUUUUUUCUUCUGUAAUUGAAUUUUGGUUUUCGUCAGGUUUAUUCUUAGUAGUCACAGUAAUUUUUGUUGUUAGUAUGAUUUGGAUCAAUGUUUUUCUAUUGCAUUUUUAAAUUAGCUUAUUGCUGGUGCUUAGGAAAGCAUUUAAAAGAAUGAACUAAACUUUUGAGUGUCAUAUGAAUGUAUCUCUAAAACAACCUGCUGGAAGAAGAAAAAUAAGAUAGAAAAUGAUAGCUACAAUAUGGUAUCUAUUAAUGUAAGUUAAAAGAGAACACAAACCAAUAUUAUAUAUACUGUCAUGGAUCCACACAUAAGAUUGUUGAAGUAUAGGGGAAACUGCAACGAUAUAUGCCAAAUUGAUGUUAGUGGUUACCUCCAGGAGCAUGGGGAUAACUUGUGUAGUUAGAGGGAACUUUAGCUUCAUCUUUAUUGCAAAAGGAAUAAAGGAAAGAAAGAGAGGAAAGGAAGAAAGAAAGAAGAACCAAAAACAAAUAUAAUUUUCUUUAAAAGGAAAAUAUAUUUUUAGAAAAAAAAGAACCAAAAGCAAGUAUGAUUUGCAAAUAAUUCUGGAUGGUGGAACUAUAGUAUUUAAGUUUUCUUUGUAUUUUUUGUCUUUUCUCAUCAAUCCCCCUCCCCAAAUUUGUCUAAUAAAAAUAUUUUUAAGGAACUAGUCUCUCGUAUAUGCCUCUGUACCCAGGUCCUCCUGCCUUGAUGGAUUAUACACUCCAGCCCAACGUGACAGAGACUGACUACUACUAUCCUGAUGUCUUCUCAAGCCCCUGUGAUGGGGAACUUAUCCAGGGAGGCAGCAACUUUCUUCUUGCCAUCUUUUACUGUUUUCUGUUUGUAUUCAGUCUUCUGGGAAACAGCCUGGUCAUCCUGGUCCUUAUCACCCGCAAGAAGCUGAAGAGCAUCACAGAUGUGUACCUCUUGAACCUGGCCCUGUCUGACUUGCUUUUUGUCCUCUCCUUCCCCUUUCUGACCCACUAUCGCCUGGACCAGUGGGUGUUUGGGACUGUAAUGUGCAAGGUGGUCUCUGGAUUUUAUUACAUUGGCUUCUUCAGCAGCAUGUUCUUCAUCACUCUCAUGAGUGUGGACAGAUACCUGGCUGUUGUCCAUGCUGUGUAUGCCAUGAAGGUGAGGACAGCCAGUGUGGGCACAGCCCUGAGCUUGGUAGUAUGGCUGACUGCCAUCACUGCCACCAGCCCCUUGCUAGUGUUUUACCAAGUGGCCUCUGAGGAUGGCAGUCUGCAGUGCUAUUCAUCUUACAAUCAGCAGACAUUAAAAUGGAAGAUCUUCACCUACUUUGAAAUUAACAUCUUGGGUCUAUUGAUCCCAUUCACUAUCCUUAUUUUCUGCUACAUCAGCAUCCUGCACCAGCUGAGGGGCUGCCAAAACCGCAACAAGACCAAAGCCAUCAGGUUGGUACUCAUUGUGGUCAUUGCAUCUUUAUUCUUCUGGAUCCCCUUCAAUGUGGUCCUCUUCCUCACUUCUCUGCAUGGCAUGCACAUCCUGGAUGGAUGUGUCAUGAGCCAGCAGCUGAUUUAUGCCACCCAUGUCACAGAAACCAUUUCCUUCACUCACUGCUGUGUGAACCCUGUUAUCUAUGCUUUCAUGGGUGAGAAGUUUAAGAAACAUCUCUCAGAAAUAUUUCAGAAAAGUUGCAGCUAUGUCUUCGUUUGCAUCAGGAAACGAGUCUCCAAAGAGGGCUGGGAAAGGUCGUCAUCCUUCCAUCAGCAGUCCUCUCGUUCCUCCAGCAUAGACUACAUUUUCUGACCAGGGUGCCUCGAAGAAGCUUCUGACUUCACUGCCACUCCUCUUUCAAGAGACAAAUAUUACUUAUACUGGAUUCUGAGGCUACAUGAAGGUCUUUACUGUAAGAGAGACCACAGGAAGCAUCUGACUACUCUGCCAUCUUGGACCUGCCUCUCCUGAUCUUCUUAUCUUAAACCAACCUAUGCUUUUUCUGGAAAAAUGGCGUCUUGAUCAGUUUAAUAAAUUAACCAAUGAAAACCUUACGGAUCAUAACAUUGUCUGAUUCGCUUGCUUUGGCCACAUCGUCAGGAGGGAUCAAUCACUGCAGGAGGACAUCAUGUUUGGUGAAGUAGAGGGCCAGUGAGGGAGAGGGAGAU